CUUUCGACUGUCAUAUGACGAAUCAGCUGAUGUGCUUUGCAUGUUUAUCUUGUAAAACGUACCAUAUAUCAUACUAUCAUGCUGGUGUUUAAGAUAAUUGUAAACGUGAAUUGUCCUUUGUCAUCUAAGUGUGUGUAUAGAAACAUAGGAACAGAUACAUUACCAUAUAAUCGCGAUUUUUCAUGGUCAACGUGAUUACAUUGCAGCGAAAGGCUGACCUAAUGAUGACAUAUAUAUUAAUAACAAAGUCCGAAACAAAGAAAAGAUUCACUUCCUAAAAUAAGAGAUAUGGAGAUUGUCAUUCAGUUGUUUAUCAAAAGUUCUUAAUAACGCCUGUUAAACGAUUAAAACAAUGGAUAUCACUCAAGUUAUAACAAAAUACAGACGCUAUUUGCUAGUACAACCACCUAUGAUGCUGUUGCUAUUUGCUCUGUCAAUAUCAGCUACUGUUUUCACCGACUUGAUAGUGCAUCGUACAUGCCUUGUAACAUUGGGAAUAAACGAGACAGAGUGUCUGAUACUUCACAAUAAUAGCAGCAGCGCAGAGGCGCUUAGAAUAAAUCAAAUUGUGCAACCAUAUACCAGCUUCAUACUGACGAGUAAAUCCUUCAUUGAAAGUACUUGGCCUUCUUGUCUGUCUUUAUUCUUGGGACAGUGGAGCGACAAGUAUGGAAGAAAACCUCUUUUAAUCUCAGGGUACCUAGGCAUAUUCUUAACUUAUUUCCUGCUUUCUGUAUUAUCUGCUUGGAAUAUUUCGCCAUGGUAUUUGUUGAUAGCUUAUAUACCUACUGCUUUCCUAGGUGGUUUAUCUAUAUUAAUGUUAGGCUCAAUUUGUUAUAUCACUGACAUAACAGACAAUGACGAGCGGGGAUGGCAUUUAGCCUGGCUAGAUGCGUCAAUCAAUUUUGGCUUGUUAUUUGGCUUUCUUAUUGGUCCAAAGAUAUUUGAAAUGUAUGGAUACAGUACUGUGUUCAGCAUUGCAACUGUAUCAUGUAGUAUAGCAGUAUUGUAUAUAUUUUUGAUUCCGGAAACUAUACAAAGUUCAAAUUCUGGCAUCUACAACAUAUUUGACUUGACAAUUGUGAAGAAUCUCAUUAAUACGUGUAUAAAAAAAAGAGAAGGAUUUGACAGGUUAUUAAUAUGGAACUGCAUAGCUUGCCUUACGUUUCUCUUGAUUAUCAUAGAAGGCAAUCUUUCUAUUGAAUAUUUAUUUACAAGCGCGCGACUAGGUUGGACUGUAAAAGAAUUUUCUAUUUAUAUAUCCAUAAACAUUGUAGUGGGAAUAUUCGGCAUGAUAUUGGGCACUAAAUUCUUCCACAAUUACUUAGGAUUUCCAGAGGCUAUAGUUGCCGUAAUAUCUCUUAUAUCAGCUGCUGGUGCUAUCUUAGUGUAUGCUUUUACAUGGAAAUCCUGGCACAUGUAUUUAUCACUGAUGAUAGGUAUAUUUAGUGAGAUGUGUCGUCCAAUGAUACGUGCUAUAUUAUCCAAAGCAGUGCCUUCACAAGAUACAGGAAAGGUUUUUUCUCUAGCUACGUUUAUAGAAACAUUGUUACCGUUUGUGGCAACUUCUCUAUACACCUAUUUAUACGCUCAUUAUAUGCCACCGUUAUAUCCCGUGCCAGUGUGGUUUUUAUCAGUAGUAUUUUAUAUUAUGACCAUUAUAAUAUUAAUAUACAUUCAAAAGCGACUGGUAAAAUCUGAAGUGUCUCAUGUAUCUCCUUUAUUAGAACCCAAUGAUUCAUUUACAUACAAUUCACUUUAAUGAUAUAUUUUAUGAAGUUAGAAGAAACACAUAAGAGAGACAAUUUGGAAGAUAGAUAAAAUAAUCAACUGAGAAUGAAAAAAUAAGAUUUUUACCUACAGUUUUUUAUUAGAAUAUUUGACGCAUGU